CACAUCUUUUGAUACAAGUGCGUACCAGCUAGACCAGAUGACAGAGUUUGGACGAUUGGUCCUUCUCAUUGGCGAUUACCACACGCCCCAGAGGAAAGCAGAUGUACCGUCAUGCUUCAAGGAGUUGUUGAACACAGACAAGAUCGGGAUGGUGCUUUGCACUGGGAAUGUUGGUUCUCAAUCCGUGGCAGAGCAGUUGCGAACCAUUGCCGGCGAGGAUUGUCACAUUGUCUGCGGCGAUGCGGAUCAUGACUUUAGCUUUCCUGAGUCUUGCGUGACCAACGUGGGGGACUUCAAAGUUGGCGUGGUCCAUGGACAUCAGAUUGUGCCCUGGGGUGAUGCCAACUCCUUGGUGAAGUUUGCGGGCCGCCUGGGGGUGGACAUCCUGGUGACUGGGCACACUCACAGAAGCAGCAUCGUCGAGCUUGGCGGCAAGUUUCUCAUUAAUCCUGGCUCCGUUACUGGUGCUUGUAACGCCGUUGGAGAGUUUGACGUCACGCCAUCAUUUAUGCUUAUGGCAGUGCAGGAGAAAUCAGUGGUCCUCUACACGUAUGAGCUCAAAGAGGGUCAAACUGAGCCAGAGGUGAAGAUGAAUGAACUCAAGCGGUGAGAACCAUGUCUCGUCUUCGCAAUUGCUUUGGACGAGCGCUGUCGAUAAUCCGGCCAGAGCUGCUCUGACAAAAGCAGUGCUGAAGCUUGAGCUAGGCUGAAUCAGGGAGCGGGCGC